AUGGCCACAAAUUCCGGCGUGCUCACAAUCCAGCUUCUGCGCAGCUUCAAGCCUGCGAGGACGAGCCCAUCGAGAACUUUGGUCAAUGGCUUUCAUAGCUUAUCGAAGAAUCGACCUCAGAUUCGAUGUAUGCCUACACUCAACACCCGGUUUCAGAAACGCAAUGAAAGAAGCUACCCCCGCCCACCGAACCGAUUCGAGCAAGCCGUCAUCGAUGCCCGGCUCAAACAUCCAAUUCUUUUCCCGUUCUUGCUCUUCGGCUCCACCGCGUCUGUGAUAUUGCUCAUAAUCAUGGCCUACGACCAAUGGCGCAGAGAGAAGAAAGGGACGUCGGCAUUUCCGCCCGCAGUUGAGGACCAGCUUCGGCUGGCCCUGCACUAUACCCAUAUCUCCCCGGACCCAGAGACGGCAUCGAAAUACUUUUUGGGGGCGAUCAAAAAGGCAGAAGAGGUGGGAAUGGACCCCUACGGCAAGGAGGCGUUGGGCAUUCGGGUCCGUUUCUCCCAGAUGCUCGAGGAGUUUGGUCAUGCCAAGGCGGCUAUCGAAAUCUUGGACGGCAUCAUCAGCGAGUUGCAACAGAAGCUGGAUGAACUCGAACAAGCGCAUUCCCUAAGGACUGAUACGUCUCUUCAGUCAGGUCCUACAUUUGCUGAGAUGCGAGCGAAUAUGAUCAAAGGCAUCGUGAAGCUGAAGAUCAAGAUAUCCUCUUUAUACGAAAGCGACUAUCUCCAAAAUCCGUCCAUGGCCAAGCAGGUCUUGUCUGAUGCGGUGGGCAUGGUGGUCAAAGAGACGAAAAAUCCCCAACAAGGGCUGACGGACGACAAUGGAGCUGGGUUGACAACUGGCGAAAUUGCUGCGAUGCUGUCGCAAAUGGGCGACCUGUAUGCCACAUCGGGCGAGGAGGAAAAUGCCGUACAACUAUAUAUGCUCACUCUGCAACCGCUUCGAGCGUCAUGCAAUGGCACUAGGUCCUGCAGGGAAGCCCAAGUUCUCAGCAAUAUCGCUUCCACCAUGGACAUGGCGUUGAAGAAGCCAAAGCCUAUCAUCAACGGGAAGCCUGCGACGGAAGACUCUCUGGCCGCAGCCCGGCGGGCGGCAUUGAGAUGGGCAGAUCAAGCUAUCGCCACCAGUGAUGCUGUCAAACCUGAGGACCGAGACGAAAUCUGCGCUGCAGCUUCUCUGUCUGCAAAGAUGACACGAGCGGAUCUGCUGGUCGACAAUGGCGACAAGGCGAUGGCGAAGGAGGCAUUUUUGAAUUUGUUGCCGAUCUUGCGAGAGCAUAAUCUCCUGCCGUUGAUCGAAACUGCAGAGCAGGGAUUGAAGAAGGCUAGCAGCUGA